AUGGCAGCGUCUUUUCUUCCUUCGUCUUUCUUGGGCGUGUUCCUCUUUCUGACAUGCUUUGUCUACUUGAAUGGCAGCACUAGCACUACUAGACAUUAUAAGUUUAAUAUUCGGAUGCAAAAUGUGACAAGAUUGUGUGAAACAAAGAGUAUAAUAACCGUAAAUGGAAAAUUCCCUGGGCCUCGGGUUGUUGCUAGGGAAGGAGACCGUGUGGUUAUAAAAGUGGUUAAUCAUGUUUCUAAAAAUAUUACAAUCCACUGGCAUGGAAUCCGACAACUUCAGAGUGCAUGGGCCGACGGGCCAGCAUACAUUACCCAAUGUCCCAUUCAACCGGGUCAAUCAUACGUUUACAACUUCACUAUUACGGGUCAAAGAGGAACAUUGUGGUACCAUGCUCAUAUUUCAUGGAUUAGGGCAACUCUUUAUGGCCCGAUCAUCAUCCUCCCUAAACGUCACGAAUCGUAUCCAUUUGUCAAGCCUUACAAGGAAAUUCCAAUCAUAUUCGGAGAAUGGUGGAAAGCUGAUCCAGAGGCUGUUAUUAACCAGGCCAUUCAAACUGGGGCCGGGCCAAAUAACUCAGACACUUAUACAAUAAAUGGGUUCCCUGGCCCAUCCAAAAAUUGUUCAGCAAAUGAAACAUAUCGGCUUAAGGUGAAGCCAGGGAAGACAUAUCUCCUUAGAAUGAUCAAUGCUGCACUUAACGACGAGCUUUUCUUUAGAAUUGCUAAUCACACGUUUAUAGUCGUCGAUACAGAUGCAAGUUAUGUGAAGCCAUUUAAAACGGAUACUAUAUACAUUGCACCAGGGCAAACUAGUAAUGUUCUGUUAAAGACUAAAAACUUUAAACCCAAUGCCAAAUACUUGAUGGCCGCCCGACCUUAUUCCACGGCGGCCUCAGGAACAUUUGAUAAUACUACUGUUAUCAGUGUUCUUGAAUAUGAUGUAGGUAAAACUACAGUCGCCAACUCUUCCAUUAAAGCCCUUCCGGUUCCACCACUCCCACAAAUCAAUGCCACAACAUUUGUCGCCAACUGGACAAACGGGCUUCGUAGUUUGGCUAACGCACGUUUCCCAGCGAACGUUCCACAAACCACCCAACGACGUUUUUUCUUUGCACUCGGCCUUGGAACCACCCCAUGCCCAAAAAACCAAACAUGCCAAGGACCAACAAACCAAACCAAAUUCGCGGCCGGGAUAAACAAUGUUUCCUUCACAAUGCCAACCACUUCACUACUAAAUGCACAUUUUCUUCGACAAUCAAAUGGGGUUUAUACUACAGAUUUCCCGACCACGCCGUUGAAUCCAUACAAUUACACCGGCACCACACCAAACAACACAAUGAUGACUAAUGGCACAAAAGUUGUGGUUCUGCCGUAUAACACCACCGUGGAGCUAGUAAUGCAAGGAACUAGCACUCUUGGAGCUGAAAACCAUCCUCUUCAUCUUCAUGGAUAUAAUUUCUUUGUUGUUGGACAAGGAUCCGGCAACUUUAACUCGACUACGGAUCCACCCAACUUCAACCUCGUUGAUCCUGUCGAAAGGAACACCGUUGGUGUUCCCUCUGGUGGAUGGGUCGCAAUCCGGUUUCGUGCUGAUAAUCCAGGUGUGUGGUUCAUGCAUUGCCAUAUUGAGAUACAUAUUACGUGGGGAUUAAGGAUGGCAUGGGUGGUUAACGACGGGAAACUCUCCAAUCAGAAGCUGCCACCACCACCGGCCGAUCUUCCGACAUGUUGACUUUGACUCCGACAGUUCAAAAUAAAGAAAUUUGAGUUUCGAUUUAAUUUAUACAUGUAUGAUCAUUGUAGGCCUAAAAUGUAUUCUUUUAUACUCUUUUGUCUUUGCGGUUUCAAGAGUUUUGAUUAAAUUUUUCUUUUAUAAUUAUUAUAUGGAUAAGGAAAUAAUUAUAAGG